AAUCGUAAAGCAUUUGCUUCUACUAUAAAUAGCUCUCCUCUUGAUCAAAGCUUUUCACUCACCAAAGCAUCAUAUACACUUUUACUUCUCUUCUCAUCCUCUUUGUUUUUUCUCUCUUUAGCUUUUGUCUUUUCGAAAUGGCCAACGUUGAGAAUGAACAAGUGAUUGCUCCAGCAGAAGAGAACGUUGAGUUGCCAACAAAGACGGUGGAGGAGCCAGAAGUGACGGAACAGCCGGAAGAAGUCGUCACCGCGACAGAAGAAGAAUCUGAAGCACCGGUGGAAGAAACGAGCAAAGAUGUGGUUGUGGAAGAGGCAGAGCAAAAAGAAGAAGAAGCAGAGAAAGAAACGGAAGAGCCAAAGGUAGAAGAGGAAGAAGAGAAGACAGAAACUCCGGUGGUUGUGGAGGAGCCAAAGGAAGAAGAGAAGGAGGAGGAGACUGAAACUCCAGCUGUUGUUGAGGAGGAGGAGGAGGAGGAGAAGAAGACUGAGGCAGAGGAAGUUGUGGCUGCUGAGGAAGUCGCCGCCGAGUAAAGAGCAUGAAACUAUAUAUGACCUUCUUUGGUCUCAUUUCGUUGUCUUUUUAAAUUAUAUUUUAUCAAAAUUUCAUAUGUAUUUUCUGUAUCGUUUGUUUGGGUUUAUGAUGAUGUAAUCAGAUCUUUGGUUAAUGAUUGCUGGACAUUUUUUA